CCUUAACUCAGUGGACUAGCAACAAGAGAAAUGUGCUUCAAAACAUUGCAGAAAGCUGCAGAGCACAAACACUCUGUGACUUGGACUUGGAUAAAGAUAAUCUACCCGUGAGUAGAGCAUUAGGCUUGUUAUGGUGUGUUGAAACUGAUAACUUCAUAUUCAAACCAAAGGUGAAGGAAAAGCCUGCUACCAAAAGAGGAAUGCUGUCAGUUAUCAGCUCAGUAUAUGAUCCGUUGGGAUUCCUAGCUCCUGUCAUUCUACCUGCCAAGUUACUCUUGCAGAAACUAUGUACUGUAGACUAAAGUGUAGAUGGGAUGAUCAUGUACCUGAUACCUUCCAAAAGGAAUGGGAGAAAUGGUUGAGAGAUUUGGAAAGUUUAAAAGAUUUCCAAAUCGGCAGGUGCCUUAAGCCAGAAGGGUUCGGAAAGGUAAUCAGCGCACAAAUGCAUCACUUCUCUGAUGCAAGCGAAAGUGGGUACGGUACAGCUAAUUACCUCAGACUCAGUAACGACAAGGAAGAGAUACACGUGUCAUUUCUAUUUGGCAAGGCUUGAGUAGCCCCAUUGAAAUCUGUUACCAUCCCUCGCUUGGAGCUUUCGGCUGCAGUUUUAGCAGUUAAACUAGAUAAGAUGUUGCGUGCAGAACUUCAGUUACCUUUGAAGAAAACCUGUUUUUGGACAGACAGUACAGCUGUCCUAAGAUACAUUCAAAAUGAAAACAAGCGCUUCAAAACCUUUGUAGCGAAUCGCAUACACACCAUCAGAGAAAAUUCUGAAGUGGAUCAAUGGAGGUAUAUACCUUCUGGGCUAAACCCCGCUGAUCAUGCCUCACGUGGGUUAUCAGGUGGAAAUGUGAAGCAAAAGUGGAUAGAAACCCCAAAGUUUCUUUCAGAGCCUGAAAAUAGUUGGCCACAAAACCCUACAACCCUGCAGUUACCCACUGAUGACCCAGAAAUAAAACAUAUGGUAGUGGCAUGUGCAACAACCAACAGUGUCAACCCUACAUCAAAGCUAAUAGCUUACCAUUCCGACUGGCAAAAGCUAAAGGUAGCUGUUGCAUGGUUUUUAAAAAUAAAAGAAGUCCUGCUAAGGCUGAGCAAAGAGAGGAAACAAAUUUCCAUUUCAGAUGUCCCAGCUGUAAACCUGACUAGAAAGUUACAAGAAUUCAAAAAAUCAUUAGGAAAUCAAGGUUUAUCUUUGGACAACCUUAAGGAAGCAGAAAAUGCAAUCAUUGCCUUUUGUCAGCAAGAAAGAUUUUCUGAAGAGAUAACCGCUUUAACAGCAGGUAAAGCCGAGGUAUCUAAAAAAAGCAGCAUAUACAAAUUAGAUCCAGUGUUUCAGGACGGUUUUCUGCGAGUGGGAGGCCGGUUGAGCAAGUCAGCCAUUCCUGAAACCACAAAACAUCCUUGUAUUCUGUCAAAGGACCAACAUAUUUCUGAACUUAUCAUUCGUCAUGUACAUCUUCAGCUUAGACAUGGUGGUAGAAACCAUGUUCUUUCGGUUAUAAGAAGGAAAUAUUGGAUAACACAUGGGGUUUCUGCUGUUAGGAAAGUCUUGGCUGAGUGUCUGUUUUGCAAGAAAUAUAGAGGAAAACUCCAGCUUCAGCAAAUGGCAGACUUGCCGACAGAGAGGGUGGUUCCAGAUUUACCCCCAUUUACAAAUGUUGGGAGCAGUGCAUUUGGAGGGUCACAUUUUGGUGGAGUUUGGGAACGUCUCAUUUGCAUCAUCAGAAAGGUUCUACACUCAGUGUUGCGUCAACAAGUAUUAGAUGAUGAAGGUCUGCAUACCAUCCUAUGCGGAGCUGAGGCUAUCCUGAAUGACCGACCUCUAACCAAACUAUCAGAGGAUCCCAAUGAUCUUGAAGCUUUAACGCCCAAUCAUUUACUUCUCAUGAAAGGGAAACCUGUCCUUCCACCAGGUAUCUUUGAGAAAGAGGACCUUUAUGUAAAGAGAAGGUGGAAACAGGAAAAACAAAAAUGGAUCAAAAGGAAAAAAGGGUUAGAAGUGGGAGACGUAGCUAUGGUUAUGGACUACACCACUCCUAGAGGAUCAUGGGUGUUAGGGAAAGUCCUUAAAACGUUUCCUGACAAGAAGGGCUUGGUUCGAGUGGUUCGCCUUCAAACCAAGACUAACAUUAUCGAGAGACCAGCUUUCCUAACGCUCCACCUGGAUGUUCCCUGCACCCUGCUCCAGUACCCUAAUGAGCCCACUUCAACUUCGUCAAAGUCAUCUGAUGACACUCGCGUCGGGGAGAUUGAUAUUCACGCUUGA